AUGAUUAUCAUUCUCGUCAUUGCGUUGAUUAUCGGUUUCGUAUCUCUCACAUAUUCUCUCACCACUUCCCUCUUCUUCCAGAGCACAAAGAAUGCUGGCAAAGGAAAAAGGCCACCAACCAUCCCGUAUCUGGUCCCCGGCAUCUUCCAUACUUUUAGCAUAGCCUUCGAAGGCCCACCGAAGUUCUUUGCAAGGCUGAUCAAGGAGUUUGGCAGCUUUGCCCCAUUCACUGUAAAGGCGGGAUUGCGGACCUUUGUUGUCCUCAGGGAUCCCCGACAUAUCAGGGUAGCUGCACAAGCAUUGGCACUACCGGAACGCAAUUCCAUCGUGAGACACGAGUACGAAGAUGUCUUCAAAGCCCCUGCCAGCUCUCGCACAAAUGAUUCCAAGUCGGAAAAAUACAACGACAAAGCCAAUCAUGCUCGCAAAGUAUCGAUCCAAAAGUACUUGACUGGUGCCUCAUUACCAAAUCUAGGCGAGCUCUAUGCCUCGAGGCUUUCCAGCAGCAUGAACGACAAAAUGUUCCAAUUUGGCACCUGGACACAGCUAGAAGACUCCUGGUCAUUUUUCCAGCAAGUUCUCACUAGAUGCAUGGUAGAAACACUGCUUGGUUCCACAUUCUUCCGACAGUAUCCCAAAUUCGUAAAAGAAUACUGGGUUUUCGAAGAUUCCCUGCAAAGCUACGUACCGGGGAUUUCAGGACUGCUCGACUUGAGUGCAUACGAAAAGCCACGCGAUACAUUACUCCAAGGCUUGGAGAAAUGGAUCCGAACAAAUCAUGCUGGGAAGGAAUUCGCCAAAGUCGAGAGCAACGACCCAGAUUGGGACCAAGAGAAGGGGUCCAAGUUUGUUCAAGAAUUCGACAGUCUCUUCUCGGAGUUUUCAUCCGAAGAAUCGCGAGCGGUCGAGUUGCUGCAGCUUAUAUAUUGUUCAAUUACAGACAUCAUACCAAUGACAAUCUGGUCCAUUAUUGAAAUUUUGCGCAACCCCGAAGUGGCCAAACAAUUCACCGACAUUGCCUCCAAGCAUCGUUCGGAAAAGGCCGGUUCUUAUGGGAUCAUGGACAUCACGGCUUUGCCUUUCAUCAAAUCCAUGCAACAUGAGAUCAGCCGCUUCCGUAUGGCGAAUUAUAUGGUGUAUCCUCCCAAAGGUCAUGAUAUUUUGCUGGACGACGAAUACAUACUCCCUAAAGGUAGCGCGCCAAUCGCAUUCUCACACGACGUUGCAUUGAACAUGCAACCGUGGGACAAAGCUCGAUCCCGCGCCCUAGAUCGACCAUUGAUAAAGUUCUGGGCAGAAAGGUUCCUUGUCCCAGACAGGCAAAAGAAAAGGGGCGGCCUCGGAUCGGGCGAGUUUAGUUUGGAAGGUCUUGAGCUAUUGACUCCCGCCUUUGGUGGCCACCAAAACCUUGGGCUGGGAAGAGAGUACGCAGAAGUCAUGCAGAUUGCGGCUUUGGCUGUUUUGUGGAACGAGUUCGAGAUCCAGCUCUGCGAUCCAGAGUUCACAGAUGCGGUUAUGCCACCAAUGCUGGAGAUUGCUUUCGGUACGCUCAAACCACAGCAUACGGUAGAGGUGCGUAUACGCAAGCGUAAGUCGAACACGGAGAAUUGAGGUCCUUAUCUCCCUGAAUUGUGAGGAGAGAGUUAAAAAGAGGCACGUAUAGUGAUUGCCUGUCUUCGUGUGCACUUCAUGAUGGUCAUUUGUACAACUCCACACCAUUGUGAUCCAUUCUUUCACUGUAAUCACAUCUUAGUAUUCUUCAAAUC